AUGACAGAAUCACCAAUUGUGUUAGAUGUCGAAAUUAGAAAUUGGGUAGUUAUACCGAUUUUAAUUGUAUUAUUUAUUGUUAGUGCAUUAAAAUUAAAUAUUUCAAGAAUUAUGCAAAUUAAUUCAGGUAAACCACAAGAUGUCGAAAAAACAAUGCAAAUGCAAACAAUUAAUAGAGUUAGAAGAUUAGUAUCAUUUUAUAAUAGAAUACCUCAAAAAUCAUUUUUUAUUAGAAAAGCAUAUUUAUGUGGUACAACAGGAUCAAAGACAAAUAAAGGUAUAUUAAGUUCAAUAGCACCAACACAAGAAGAUUCAAAUCCAAUGAAUAUGAUGUUUGCAAAUUCAAUGUUUACAGAUCCAUCGGGUAUAACCGAUAUGUUAAAGGGUAAUAUAAUGCAUUUGAUACCACAAGUAACAAUGAUGAGUUGGGUAAAUCAUUUCUUUAGUGGAUUUGUAGCUUGUAAGCUACCAUUCUUUCCAUUGACAAUUCGUUUCAAAACCUUUCUUCAAAGAGGUAUUGAAAUGGGUUCAUUGGAUGUAUCAUAUGUAAGUUCAUUAAGUUGGUACUUUUUAUGUUGGUUUGGUUCUGAAGGUAUCAAUGCAAUUCUUUUAGGUGAAAAUAUGGUUUCAGCAGAUUCUCAACUCCUUCAAUCAUCAAUUGAACCUGGUCCACCAACUCAACAAACUCCAAUUCAUAAAAUUUACGCAUCUGAAAAAGAAAAUAUUGAAAUGAUUCGUUAUGAUUCGUUAAUGACAAAUAUUGAAGAUAGAUUUUUAGAUAAUAUUAAAAAGAAAACUUCUUUUGAUUUUAAUCAAAUUAAUAAAAAUAAUAAUAAUAAUAAUAAUAACACAAGUAAUAUAAAACCAAAACCAAUUAAAUCAAAUUUAUCAAAUUCAAAACAAUCAAAAAGAAUAACUUAUCAAAAACCAUCUUCUUUAAUAUAA